AGAAUCGGUAUUGUCCCUGAGUCUGAUGCGGAAGCGGUCGCAGCUAUGCAACGUACGAACAGCAACCAGGCCGAUGGUUCAACGCAAUCAGGUCAAGCACAUGGCUCAACUGGCGGAGCGGAAGACUUUGUGUAUGAAGGAGUGAACUACUGCGGAUUUUUCUUUGGUCUCCGUCGUCCUGCUUCGCAUCAGUCUUGAAGGAUGGAAGGCGUGUGAAUCAAUAUUCGCCGCCAUGCCUGUCACGGUGUCACCUACGCACUCGGAUCCAUCUCUCUUCAUGCACCUCCUUUUCCUUGCGCUGCUUUUCCUAUGUCCACGCCACGUGCUCACAACACCACCGGGGAGGUUGGUCCCGUUUUCUGGAAUGCAGCUCUUGGUGGGGCAAUGGUCUUCUGCGCGGGGAGCUGAUGUUUGCUGUAAAGGCGACCCGUUGAAACGUCGAAGUUGGAU